AUGGGUUCUGUGAAUGGCGACGCCGACAGUUUAAAUACGGCAUAUGUCCAACUGAAAACUCAUAGAAGGAAGCACAAUAAUAGUGGACAAAAUUGCUUUCGAGAUGCAAAUAUUACACCGCCAGUUGAUAAGCACAAUGGCAUAUACUUCGCAUUGGUCUUGGCGGGUGUUGGGUUUUUAUUGCCCUAUAAUAGUUUUAUUAUGGCGGCUGAUUAUUUUUCUGCUCGAUAUCCGGACAGUACAGUAGUUUUUGAUAUGUCAAUAGUGUAUAUAGUUGUAGCAUUUUGUGCGGUGCUAGUUAACAAUAUUUUAGUGGAAACGUGCUCUCUCAAUACGAGGAUUACUUUCGGGUACAUCCUCUCACUGCUGACAUUGUUAUUUGUGGCAUUUUGUGAGAUCGGUUGGGAAGUCUUCAGCGAAUCAAUGUCAUAUGCUGUCAAUCUAUCAGCAGUGGCAAUUGUUGCAGUGGGUUGCACAGUGCAACAAAGUAGUCUUUAUGGAUUCACCAGCAUGCUACCCAGUCGCUAUACACAGGCAGUCAUGGCUGGUGAAAGUGCAGCAGGAUUUUGGGUGUCGCUGAACAGAAUUUUCACUAAGCUGCUGUUGUCAGAUGAACGUCAAAAUACAAUAAUAUUCUUUCUUCUUUCUAUAAUGUUAGUUGGCAUCAGUUGCUUAUUAUAUCAAGUGAUAAAAGACACGGCUUUUGUUAAUUUUUAUAUAAGUCUAUGUCAAGAGAGAUCAAGAAUCGUUUUGGAGCCGAAUGAGGACAUGGGACUGAUGGAAAACGGCGAUCAAGAUCACAUACGUUAUGGAGUCCUAAAAAUCCAAACAAGCCCUCCACCAGUAUCGACAGCUGCUGGUACUACUAAUAAAUAUACAUCCUUUAGUUUUUCUAAUCCAGUGUAUGAUCUUAGCAAUAAUGCUUAUGACCUUAGUGCGGUAGGUGCUACUACAAAUGAUGGAAGAUCGCCGACUGGUUUUGAAACGCGCAGAAGUAAUACUAAGGCUUUCAAGGUAGAAGACGUAGUGAUACGUGGGGCGUCCAGAUGUGGCGGCAUCAAACGUGCAAUAAGUAUAAGAUGGCGAGUAGCCGGCUGCGUUUAUCCUUAUAUGGUGACAAUAUCAUUAGCAUAUUUUGUCACUUUAUGCUUAUAUCCAGGAAUAGAAACUGAAAUAGUUAGUUGCCGAUUGGGAUCGUGGAUGCCUGUAAUGCUAAUGACUGUAUUUAAUCUAUCGGAUCUAAUAGGAAAGAUUUUGGCAUCUAUCCCUUACGAGUGGUCGAGGCGGCAACUGAUUAUGGUAUCAGCUUUACGAAUGCUUUUAGUGCCACUGUUUAUACUGUGCGCAUCCCCAAGAGCGCAUCCUAUACUAGCCGCGGAAGAGUACUCUUUAAUACUCUCGUCGUUAUUAGGAAUCACUAAUGGCAUGGUAGGAUCUGUUCCAAUGAUACAGGCGCCACAAAGAGUUCCUCAAGAGUUCAGGGAAAUCACAGGUAACAUCAUGACGCUGUCCUACAACAUAGGUUUAACCGGUGGUUCGCUGGUCGCUUAUCUACUUCACUCCCUGCUGGGUCCUCAAUUGACCAACCCGUGCCCGGUGAUACCGCCUUUUAAGCCCACGGAUGCCCCCCAAAUUAACAUCACCACGACUGCAUUUUCAACUUUGAUGUCAAUUUUAUUCGUACCAACGUCUACUCUGGCGACAACCGAAUUUUCUACAACAACAGUAAGCGCUACAACAGCUUUGAUCAAUGCGACUCUCUUUGAUGCUGACACAAAUUUUACCUGA